CGACGUCAGCGUUCGUCAAUAGGCAGCUCUCGCUGUCCUCGCCGGCCCUCUCCACCUCACAGUACGACACUCACGCAACCGUCCAAAGACACAACAACCCGAAGACGUACAUCACCAAACUGGACGAUCGCCUGCCGAACGACCUCUACCCCGCGGAUAGGGGGGUCUGGGCGGCAUGCGCAAUCUUUUCCUGCGCGUCGAGGAGAAAGGGCUUUAGGACGUUCUUGUCGGAGUUAGGGUUCUGAUGGACGGUCUUCAAGAUUCCAUGCGUAGCAUCUGUCAUAGCGCGUGCGAGUUGGCGAGCAUUCGGACGGCCACCUCUCGGAUCCGGGAGUGUUCCACCAUGUCCAGUUCCGCACUAUCGAGUUCGGGCUCCGGCGGGGGGGAGUCGGGCCAGGUGCGGCGAGCUUCGAGGCUGCCCGCACACAGUGGGACGGUUGCGGGUCAUAGUCGUCGUGGGAGCUCGCGCUCGAAACGGUUGGCUUCUUCCGGUUUACCACUGUUCUGGGGCGGCUGUCUGGGUAUUGUGGACUGUGGGUGCUGUGUCGAGAAGGAGUGGCAGAAGGGGUGGCAGAAUGCGAGAAUUUGUAGGCAGAAAUUGCGGAUGCGGGUGGGGUGGUGGACGGGUUUCGUGCUUCACCGCGCCGGAGCAACGGCCUUCGAUUCGCGGUAUACACCGCUCUCCUCCGUUCGCUGGGGUAUUGCACCCGGUAUAGCGCAUUUGUCACAGCGCAGUCCAAUCCGUCGAAGGUGUACCCUUGUUUGUUGUACUCCCGCGCUUCGCAGUCCAGUGUGGCAAGAAAGCCACCGUCGUCGGAGAGCUUGGACGCCGGGGCCUUUUCACCGCUCACGAUGAUGAGAUCUGUCGUGUCAGUCAGUCGCUCCGCAGAAAUUGUUUAUACCCACGCUGGGUCGGGGUAUUGGCUGGAGAUGAUGUGUGACCGCCCGCUUCCUAUGAGGUUAGUCCCCACAAUAUGGUCCUUUUCCCGAUGCUCAUUGCCACUCUUCAAACAUCAUGGAUCGUCAAUGCGGUGUGUGGAUGACGCCGUGGGGACGCAGCACCUUUAAUUUCUUCAU